UAGCAAGGUAAAAAGUGUAGUGUAGCUAUAUUCAGAAAAUCGUGAUGCCUUCAAAAAUGGUGGCUGCUCCCGCCUUUUCUUCCACCUCUCUUUUCCCCUCUUCAGCUUGAAGCUCAUUCACGAAGCCUUUCACCAAUAAUUUCCCUUGGCUAGUUUCCUUUCCCUUCCUUUUUUUCUUUUUCUUCCUCCUCUUCUUGGUCUAUUUCUCCUAUAAUAUACCAUCCUGCUCGUGUGGCUCCCUUGUCUCUGAGCGGGUAUCGCCUUUCUUCCCCCCUCCUCUAGCUCGCUGUUCCUUUCGCGUCUUUGCAUUUGCAUUGGUUGGUGGAGUUGUUGAUUCUUCCAAUUCUCUCUCCCUCCCUCUAAUAUCGCUCUGGAAGCGUUCGGUUAUCCACAACAAACACCACAGUAAUCCUCUUCUAUUUUUUUCAAUCCCUGCCUUUCGACCAAUUUCUCUUCUCUGCCUCCCUUUCUUUUUGAGGGAUCAGCGCACCGGUACCCCGCGAUCAAUUCUAAUCCGAGGCAUUGUUAGUCUGUCUCCCGGAUAAUUUUAGUUGUCAUAGUUUGGAUUUUGCUGUUGUAAGCGCCCACCCACAUUUUUUUUCCUUUUUUCUCAAUUCACGACCUUUCCCCCCCUCCCUUUCCUGCACUUCGAGGGGCGGUUGUUCAGUAGAGCCCAGCGAUGCUCGUUAAUGCUGUUGUGUGGUAUCGCCCGAGCUCUCUGCGUGGCCUGAGAAGUGCAUAUGAGGACAAUGAUUCCCUCCCUCCCGAAACCGUGGGCUUGGUCAAAGCAGAAGGGCUCACUGGAGAUCUAGAAAAUAAGUUGGUCAUAUAUUCCUUUCUGGUCCAAUUGCUUUUUUGUUUUUUAUACUCUCUCUAUCUCCGCCGACCCCCGCGGUGCAGUACCUCCGAUCUCGACCUGUCGAUAAGGUGAGUGAUAGUCACUUUGAAUUUCUCUAUUCCGGAGGAAAUAGAGAAGUUGCGUCUGUUCAAUUGAGGUUGAUCUGACGGGUCUAUAUGUAGUUCUGGAACUUUGGAAGACUACCGCGGAGAAGCGUUUUUUCUUCUUCUACCUCUUCUCAACCUAAUUGUAAUCUUACGACCCGAUAGACCCUAAGUCCGAGAGGCUCCCCGAUCUUGGCGUUUUUUUCCCCUCUCCCCUCUCCCGAUAUCUCUACGGCACAACAGUCUUUUGCUACGCACCAGGGAAGUUUGUUGUUCUGUCAGAUUUUCAACGGUCGUCGGUCUGGUUCUUAAUUCAUUGGUCGAAGCCCUGCGGCAACGGUCUACUCUGGAUCCGUAUAUUCCAAUCCUGCCAGUCCCUGCAUCUGCAUUUACGUUACAGCAAGGGCCCGCCAGAUCCUCCUACUACUGUAGGUUGCUCAGGUAGCUUUGCCGAAUACCCGGACCCACUUUGAGCAUUAGCUUGCUGGAACAAGAAAAUCUUGCGAGAAAACAGAAGGACGAGGGGAUAAUUGAAAACUCGGAGUGGGAGAAAAAUAGAGGAAGAGAAGAAGGAAAGAAAAAAAAGACCAAGAAGGGAGAGUAACAUACUAAAGCAGAAGAGCAGGUUAGAACGGUGUCAGGUUAUAUUUCAUAAACGAUAUCAUUAAGCAUGUUUUCAACUUCCCCGGUCACAAGGGUACCAUAUUUGCACAACCAACCCGCAAUCCAGAAGAAGGUGGGGGAAGAGAUGACGGUGGCGGUGGGAAACGCUUACGGCGGUGCUUGUGCAACAAAUCCUGACACUACAACUAACUCCACUCUUGCUUCUUCUGAUUCACAAACCUCCUCUCGUCUGUCCUCCGCAGCCUCAACUAAUAAUCCUGCACCCAACCCAAUCUUAAAAACUCCCGCCCUCCACCUUGCCGAUGCCCUUCCCGUCCCGGGUUCCCCGAAUCAACAUAAACAACCACAGUCGCCCUCGAAGCCCUCGUUCUUCCUCAAGUCUCCUACCUCGUUUAGCACACACAGAAACUCCAUCGAUAGCGUUCCCCGCCAGACUCUGCUCAAAGCGUUAGCUUCUCGACACCUGUCGUUGGAUCCGGCCACGCUUACAGCCAGUCUUGACAACGUAAUGACUUCUCCUUCACCGCUACCCAACGAUGAGGGAAAUUUUACCGAGUAUCACGACGCGAUGGAGUCCAUUAGCAGUGUUCCCAACACCGCAAAGCUCCUACCGGCACUCCAAUCGCCCUGUUUCUACCAUCAGCGCUUUGACAACACUAUCAACGUCGACCGCGUCCUUGAAGAGAUUGCGGGCGAUGAGUACACCUCGCAUUCACGGCUCGUCCAGACUGCGUUAGGUGUCCGUGAAGUGGCCCGUCAAUUGCAACGACGCAACUGUAAGAUGAACGUCAGAAAUAUCAUGAUUGUCACCAAGGCUCGAGAUAAUCAGCUUGUCAAUCUCACCCGAGAGUUGGCCCACUGGAUCAUGCGCACGCCUAGAUACGGGGACAAACUUGGUGUUAAUGUGUACGUUGACAAGAAACUGAAAGAGUCGAAGCGAUUUGAUGCUGCUGGCUUGCUUAGGGAGGAGCCUAGGUUUAAAGACAUGUUGAGAUACUGGACACCUGACCUCUGCUGGAGCAAUCCCGAGACUUUUGACCUUGUCUUGACUCUUGGUGGAGAUGGGACCGUCUUGUUCACCUCUUGGUUAUUCCAGCGCAUUGUUCCACCGAUUCUUAGCUUCUCGCUGGGCUCUUUGGGAUUUCUGACAAACUUCCAGUUUGAGUCCUAUAAAGAACAUCUGAAUAAGGUCUUGGCCGAGGGGAUGAGAGUCAACAUGAGAAUGCGAUUUACUUGCACUGUCUAUAGAGAUGAGGGUGACGGACAAAUGUCAGAGGGUGACCAAUUCGAGGUUCUUAACGAGCUUGUCAUUGACCGUGGUCCAUCCCCGUACGUCUCCAAUUUGGAGCUGUACGGAGACGAUGAUCUUUUGACCGUUGUUCAGGCUGACGGUUGCAUCUUCUCCACUCCUACCGGUAUGUCUUAUUGGCUCCGUCACUCAUUAACCAAGGCUAACAUAUCCUAGGCUCAACCGCAUACUCCCUCUCUGCCGGCGGCUCUCUCGUCCACCCAGACAUACCCGCCAUUCUACUAACCCCCAUCUGUCCACACACCUUGUCGUUCCGUCCCAUGCUCCUCAACGACUCCAUGCUCCUCCGCAUAUCUGUCCCUAAAUCUUCCCGCGCUACCGCCUGGUGUGCGUUCGACGGCAAAGGACGUAUCGAGCUGAAGCAAGGCGACCAUGUAACCAUUGCCGCUUCGCAGUACCCCUUCCCAACUGUCCUCAGCGCUCCAAAUGAAUGGAUCGACUCGGUCUCGCGCACUCUCCGUUGGAACACUCGUGCUGCUCAGCAGAAAGCCUGGGAGGGGGAUAGCACGUCAAGCGAUGGACCCAACGUUGUCGAAGAAUGGGAUAUCGACACUGAUAGUGGUGUGUACGAUUCCGGCAGUGACGAGACGGGGAAGAGUAGUCCGCUUAGGCGCCAGAUGAGCCUCCUGAACUUUACCUAGGCUUUGUAGAAUAAUCCGUGUGGUUUGGCUGUGGGAUCUCCUUUAAUUCACUCUGUUUCUUAAUGGGUCAAUAGAGAUGGGCGUCGAGGAUUGUUUUUCUUCUUUCUAGCAUUCGUGUCUUAGCUUUAUUGGCACGUUAUUGUUCCUGUGUUUGGAAUCUUGGGUUCUGGGUGGGUAAACAAGUGGUAACGGAUAGGUGGAUCGAUGGAUACAGUGGGCACUAGAUGGAUCCAUAACAUGGAUGAUGUAUUUUUUUUCUUUCCUUCUCUUUCCGGAGUAUUCAAUGUAUAUACAACGUGCUCCUGGACGCUGCACUAGCUUUCCUUCUUUGUUUCCUUUCUCGGGGGUUUUUUCCGGAUAUGAACGAAUACACUAGAGGUUCAGUCUCAAUGUAUACCACUUA